AUGUCUGCAGACAGUGGGACAGACAAGAAGGCACAGGAAGCACCAGCUGACCACAGUCACAUUGAAUUUGCCCAGAAGGACGUGGAAACCGGGGCUAGCUUGGAAGAUGCGAUUACUGACAAUAGUGAUUCCUUCCCGGACGGUGGUGUCCAAGCCUGGCGCACGGCGCUGGGAGGAUUUCUGUCGUUUGUUGCUAGUAUUGGGUUCCUCAGCGGGGGAUCUGUGUUCCAGAGCUACUUCAAGACAACUGUCCUUCCAGGCUCCAGUACAUCUGAUAUCGCGUGGAUCGGCAGCGUUCAGGUUUGGGGUUGUUACUUCUUCGGCAUCUGGUCUGGGACUUUGUCUGAUAAGCACGGGCCUGCUGUACCUCUUGCCGUGGGAACAUUCUUCAUGAUCCUGGGUAAUAUGAUGUCCUCUGUCUCGACCAAAUUCUAUCAAUUUCUGCUCUCCCAGGGGUUUUGCGUGGCACUUGGCAUGGGCUUUAUCUUCACACCGGCUCUGGCUAUCCAGUCACAAUGGUUCUUGAAACGCCGUGGAUUUGCCGUUGGCUUCGUCAUGUCUGGCCAGAUGGCUGGAGGUAUCAUUUGGCCCGUUCUCGCAAACCGACUUCUCAAUUUUGAGGGUGUGUCAUACGGUUGGACUCUACGUAUUAUUGGUUUCAUGCAGCUUGGCAUCAUGGUUGUGGCUAUGUUACUAGUUCAGCGUCGAUUCCCAUAUGUGAUGGAGCGGAGGUCCCUGCCUCUAAGACAAUACUUUACCGACCGUCGAACUAUCUUGCUCACAUUUGCUAUUUUCCUCAUGAACCUAGGCAUUUAUGUACCAUGGUUUUACAUCACUCCUUAUGCCAUCCAGCGCGGUUCCUCGGCAAGCCUAGGAUUCUACGAUGCAGCAAUCCUGAAUGCGGGCGCCUUCUUGGGCUGUUAUGCCCUGGGCAUGAUAGCUGACUCUGGUCUGGGCUUUUUUAACUCGGUUAUCGUGGCCACCUUUACUUGUGCCGUGAUUUCCUUUGCUUGGAUCGGCUCACACAGCAUCCCAGGUGUCGUCGUGUGGGCAGUGGCAUAUGGAAUGCUCUCGGGCGCACUACAGGCGAUUUUCUCACCUUGUGUCUCUAUGCUGGCGCCGACAACAGACGUUAUUGGCUUUUGGAACGGAAUCUGUAUCGCUAUCUCUUCAUUCGCAGUGCUUGCAACGGGGCCGAUCGCCGGACAGCUUCUUGAGAAUGCCGGGGGGACCAAUUAUCUUGGAAUGCAAUUGUUUACUGGUAUCUCCCUGACCCUUUCGGGUGCCUUGUUUGUGUGGACUCGGUUAUGGGUUUCUAGGGCUGUUGUUGUUUAG